GGGGACUUUCAAACUCAAGGUCGCAGUGCUCGUGAAUAGGAUGGACCAAGAAGAUACGGAUGAUGAUUUUGGUACAACGGAAGCUAGACAACUUGUUACAAAGGCGAAUCGUAAGAAGAAAAAGUCUGGUGGAUUUCAGUCAAUGGGUCUGAGUGCAACAACUUUCAAUGGGAUAAUGAAAAAGGGCUACAAAGUACCAACACCAAUACAAAGAAAGGCUAUACCACUGAUAUUGUCGGGCCGCGAUGUUGUUGCCAUGGCACGCACAGGAAGUGGUAAAACAGCAGCAUUUCUAGUACCGCUCUUCGAGAAAUUCCCUUGCCAUUCACCUGCUGGGCCUCGUGCUCUCAUCAUGAGUCCAACUAGGGAAUUAGCUAUCCAGACCCUAAAUUUUACAAAAGAGCUUGGUCGGUUCGCGCCCUUGAAAGCUACAAUAAUACUUGGAGGCGACAGAAUGGAGGAGCAAUUCGCGGCUUUGCAUAGCUCUCCUGAUAUAAUUAUUGCCACUCCCGGGCGUUUCCUGCAUGUCAUUAUGGAAAUGAACUUGUCUCUGAAAUCAGUGGAAUACGUGGUUUUUGAUGAAGGUGAUCGGUUGUUCGAGCUUGGAUUUGCAGAGCAACUUUCAGAAACCUUAAAGCGUUUACCGCAAACUCGUCAGACAGUGAUAUUUUCCGCAACUCUGCCCAAAAAUUUGGUUGAAUUUGCACGUGCUGGUUUAUCAGAUCCUGUGCUUAUUCGAUUAGACGUAAACUCUAAACUAAGUCAAAAUUUAAAGCUGGCGCAUAUUUCCUGCUUACCGGAAGAAAAGAAUGCCAUUCUAGUACAUCUGUUGAGUAAAGUAAUACCUAGUAAUGAACAAGCUGUUAUAUUUUUCGCCACCAAACAUCAUGUUGAAUUCUUUCAUGUGUUGUUAAGUGACCUUGGCUUCAAUUGUGCAGCUAUUCAUUCAGGAUUAGAUCCAAAUGCAAGAAAUAUUUCUUUGAAAAAGUUUCGUUCAGGAAAAGUUCGUGCAUUACUUGUCACCGAUGUGGCAGCUAGAGGUGUAGAUAUUCCACUUUUGGAUAAUAUUAUCAAUUUUCAUUUUCCUGCUCAACCUAAAUUAUUUCUACACAGAGUAGGUCGUGUUGCUCGUGCCGGUCGAAGUGGCAAUGCAUAUUCUUUAGUUGAUACAGAAGAAUUACCCUAUCUUAUGGAUGUAUUAAUGUUUUUAGGCAAGGAAUGGCAAACAUGUCAACCAGUUGGCGAACAAGAUGAUUGGGAAAAAGAUUGUGUUGGUAGAGCACCAAGAAGUGUAAUAAGUAAUCUAACUACUCGCAUUCAAUAUGUUUCUACGGAAAAUGCUUCUCUUGAAUCAAUGAAAAAAGUGUGUAUCAAUGCAAUGAAGCGGUAUGUUCAAACCCGUCCAAGUGCCUCAUCAGAAUCUAUUCGACGUGCAAAAGAAUUAAGAGAAGCACAUUUUUCACUACCUGUGCAUAAUCUUUUUGAUAAAUCAACAGAAAAAGAAGAUGAAACUAACAAUGAAAUAUUGGGGGUUAUUCGUCAGCUUAAACUACCCACUAUAUUUGAAGCCCUUGGGAAACAUGUGAAUCCUCAAGCUUUUGCUACAAUGGCAAAGAAACGGCGACUACACGAUCAUAUAAUAGCACGUCGUGCUGCUCAGCGAGCUGUAGGCCCAGUUAAAAAUGAACUGAAAAACUUGAUGGAAAAGAAAGUUUCACUGACAGAUCAGUUAGGUACCUGCAAUACACAAAAUGAUAUGUCCGAAAAUUUGGAAGAUGUCGAUUUUUUUGUUCCCUAUUCCCGUGGUGAUGAAAUAACAGAAAGUGGAUUGUCUAUUACUGGGACAAAAAAUCAAUUCUGCUUAGAAGCUGCUGCUGCAUCUUUAGAUCUACCGACCGAUGAGUUACAGCAAAUAAGUGGUGUCAAAGGAUCACAUAGUCGAAAGCUUGUUUGGGAUCGUAAACGUAAACGAUUUACAGGAGCAGAUGCUGCUCAAGGCAAAGCAAACAUGAAACGUAUCAAAACGGAAAGUGGAAUAUGGAUUCCUGCAUCAUAUAAAACAGAUAAGUAUGAACAAUGGCUUAAACAGUCUAAAGCAGAUAUUAUAGCAGCAUCAACAAAAUCUACAGAGGAAGAUUCUUAUUCUCCUGCUGCUGUUGCAGCAUCAGAGAACCGUACGAAAUUUAUGAAAUAUGGUGAUGUAAUUGAAUUCCCCGACACAGAUGAUAAAGGUGAUAAUCAUUUCCGUGGAGCAGCUAAGAAGAAUAGACAAAAAGGUCAAAAAUCUUCUGAACAUUUGGCACCUAAAUUUACAGUGAUUGGACCGCAUAAGUGGCAUGAGCGAGCAAUUGCACGUCAAAAAGAACGUAUGCAAAAUGCUACAGAAAAACAAAAAAUACGUCAACCAAAAGGAUCUCGAACAUUCGGUCAACUUAGAAAACCUGAACAAAUAUUAAAACAACGUAAACUACGUGAAAAACAAAAGCAGCGUGCCCAGAAAAAUAAGCAAAAUCAUUCACAUAAAAAGCGUAAACACUAAAGUGCUCAGGUUUUGUACAGUGAUAUUGAUUUAUUAUUAUUUGAAUAAUUAAUUAUAUGAGACAGCAUAUACAAGUACUCACUGUUCUCAAGUAUUGGUUUUUAUAGGAAUUGUGUUUGAUUGGUUGGAGGGUUUCAUCACCGUUCUAUUAUUUUAGAUUCUCAAUGGAAUGGUUAUGGGUGAAUUAUGUGGCAGAAAGUAUAUCUGAUUAGAUGAGAC